ACCUUCUUCCAGGCCUAGCCGAAAUUGCUGCCUGAGGUUACCUGCGCCCCGCCACGCGCUGCAGUCUUUGUGUUCUAUCGAGGCUGCCGUGCCCGUUCUCCGUGGGGCUCGCGGGAGCUGGGGCACAGCUGAAGUCCCGGUUCCAAGUGGAAGGCGACCCCGAGAGCUCCUGAGCCCAGCGUGCAAUCAGGAGAUCCAGGCCAGAGUCGGUCACUCAUACGUUGGGGCGCAAAGGUCCAGCCACUCCCCUAAGGGGCGAAAAUGGGGUCAGCCGGGUUCUGAACAGCAGGGCCGAGAGCUAGGACAUACAAGAUGACGAGGAGAUGAGAACAGCUGUGAGAAGGGAGGAGACCCUGGCAGCUCCGUCUCAAGACUGGGACCCAGCUCCCCCCAGGCACCGUCAAGCCGCCCUCACUUUGAGGUUUCCCGCCCGCCGCAGCUCUCCGGGAACCUCCCCGCCACGCCCGGCGGUAGUACCCCCUACCCGGAUCAGGUCUGCACCGCUUUAUCUGUGCGCGUGAGCGAGGGGGUGUAAGGGUGAAGGGCAAGGCCCUAGCGCACUUCUAGGGAGGGUCCAGCUCCUUUUAACUCCCCUCCCAUCACCAGUCCUUCAAUCCCAGCCUCACCUCUCACUGUCCACCUCUCCAGGUAGGAGGUCGGGCCACCCUCUCGGUCCUGUGGAGUUCCCGGAGAAGGGCACCCAGUAGUUUCAUAACGCCCCCGAGGCUUCAAUUUCCCACCUUUCUUCUCCCUCUCAAAACCUGCCUUCAUCCAGCCUCCUUUUUGAAAAAGGACCCCACUGGGUCUCAGGCUGACUAACAACGAGUACCACCUGGGAAGAAGGGGGUUCCACAUUACCAGGGAACAGUGCCUGUUUUACCCUAAAACCUGCAGCUUUAAUAGUAGACGUUGCGUGGGUGGAGGGAGCUUAACUCCUCUUGAUAAGGUCUCUCCUUGUUCUCUUCCCAUUCGCCUCAGGGUCAGCCUGGCCUGGAGCCUCACCCCCUCGGUCCAGGAGUGUACUGGGGUCCGGGAGCCUCCAGCUCCGGUCAGGCGCGGCGAGCUGAGACCCCAUUCUCUGGACGCACUGGGAGUACCACUCCGCGACGUAGUCGUCCGAGGGCGGCACGGGGCGCAGCUGCAGCCAGCGCCUCCGCACUCUGCUGACCGUGCACAGGCUGUCCUUGAGGCGAAAAGAGCGGCUCCGGCGCGGGAGCAAGUUGUUGGGGGGGGGGGGGGAAGAGGCCCCAGCAGGCCUCUCGGAAAUACCUCCUUGAGAGGGGACAAGGGGCGGCCUUCAGUUGGAACGCGCAAGGGCUCGGGGACCGGCUUGAAGCGGCUUUUGCAUCGCAAACGCAGUUUUUAUUUAGGUUGUCCGUUAAUGAGGGUUGGCUUAGGGAGGGCACUGGCGAUUAUGGGGGAACUUCCUCUGGCAAGUCACCCCCUGGCGCUGCCAUUACACCUGCCGGUGCGCACCGCUCCCACGCCCCAGUGUCUGGACUCGACUGGAUUCUGGAGGCGGGAGAGGCUAGGACGCGGGCGGGCCGAGCCGAGUUAGAGGCGGGGCCUGGCGGCAGGGGCGGGGGCUUCCAGGCUCCCAGGCGGGGCCUCAGCUAAAGGCGCGGAGCACCGCGCGCCUAGAGCGCGGCGUAGAGCAGCGCCCACUGGAGAGAAGUCGGAGGCGAGGAUCGCGCCGUCCCACCCCGCCCAACAGCGUCCACGCCGCUUCCGCACCCUUACCCCUGCCGGCCCUUGCCGGGCGCGACCGGCGGCCAUGCAGCCCCGGGGCUGAGGCGGCCCCAUGGCGAAGCCCGCGUCCCCGCGGUCCGGGCAACGACGGCGCAUGGAGAACUUCCGUAAGGUGCGCUCGGAGGAGGCGCCGGUGGGGGGCGGGGCCGAGGGGGGCGGCGCGGGCCCCGGCCCUUUCGCGGACCUGGCGCCGGGAGCCGUGCACAUGCGGGUCAAAGAGGGCAGCAAGAUCCGGAACCUGCUGGCUUUCGCCACCGCCAGCAUGGCGCAGCCAGCCACGCGCGCCAUCGUCUUCAGCGGCUGCGGUCGGGCCACCACCAAGACCGUCACGUGCGCAGAGAUCCUCAAGCGCCGCCUGGCGGGCCUGCAUCAGGUCACGCGGCUGCGCUACCGGAGCGUGCGCGAGGUGUGGCAGAGCCUCCCGCCGGGGCCCACACCGGGUCAGGAGCCUGGUGAGCCGGCCGCCAGUCUCAGUGUACUUAAGAACGUGCCCAGCCUCGCCAUCCUACUUUCCAAGGAUGCACUGGAUCCCUGCCAACCCGGCUAUCAGCCCCCGAACUCCCAUCCUGCACCCUCGUCCCAGCCAACUGCACCGACGUCCAAGAGGAGCCUAGGGGAACCCGCAGCUGGAGAAGGCUCAGCGAAGCGGUCACAACCUGAGCCAAGUGCUACGGAAGAGGACCAGACGGCCUGAGAACUCGUGGGUCUGGGCCACCUACACCGGCUGGGUCUCACCCGCAGCGCCUCGACCUUGAGACAUAUCUCCAGCCUUUUACGCCUCGGUGCUCUGGACACAGCUCCUCAGACUGUCAGCGUGGAGCACAAGGCAACAAGAGAGGGACCCUAGGGAAGCUUCGUGGGUGGUUGCUUCUCUACUUGUGUUGCCUGAAGACGCAGAACUCCCACCUUCAGCUUUUCUGAGCCAUACUAGGACCUUCUUGGAGGGGGGGCGAAGGUGGGUAGUGGUGGGCAGUGGGACUCUUGAGCCUUGCUCAAGACCCCCAAGGGUUAAAGGCAUCCAGUAUUCAUGCGGGGGGCUGGAGUGUGGAAGCCCGGGAAAGCUCUUGGAAUCAUCUUCAUUGGUGGCUAAGGGCCAAGGGUGAGAAGGCAACUGCUGGAGGGCAGGGGAGUCUGAGUUGGGGGGGAGUGUAUUCUGCACGUCCCCUGGGACACCACUCCCUUCUAGUUUUCCUUACCCUGCUCUUAAGGAGCAUCCUGAGGUCAUACUGCAGGAGUGCCUCCAUGGAUGGACUCUAGCUCUUUUAACACCCCCCCCCCCCCUUCCCCACUGGCCCAGAGGGAAAGACCCAGCACAGAAGUCUAUGCCUACUCCCUGAAUCUCACAGCUGGAGUCCUGCUUCCAAUAAAACAAAAACAAAAAAUGGCUCUGGCCCCAGGUUUUUUCCUUAUCACUUAACCUAGGUGGAGGCUGUUUUGGCCUGCCCCCCUGUGUCUCAGUCCCCACCAGCCUGGAGUCCUUGGCCUUUGGAGUCUUCAGGGUCAGGCACAGAGACUGGAUCGCCUCAAAAUGGAGCAAGAGGUACAUUGUCCAGUUUCUGUCUUCUCCCUCUCCCAGCCUUCCCUGGCUGGCUCUAGCCUCAGGGGCUUGUGGCCAGAAGGGGGCCUUUGUCCCUUGAUGCAUUACCUCUGAGGGUUGGUGCAUUACCACAUUGCUUUUCUGAGAAGGGAAGGAAGGCAAGCACCAAUGAACUCUCCUGAGGGUCACUGCCAAGGGAAGCAUACCCCACUGGGCUCCCUAAACCCGCAGCCUCCUGCCAAUUGACAGCCUUAUCCAGAAAGCUGGCACAAAACCCCUCAUCUCCAUCGGUAGGAUCUCCCCUUCACUGCUCUCUCUCAGAAAGGACAGCACACCCUUGGGAGAGGGGGAGGAGUGAGGGUGAGGAGAAAGAAUGAGCACAAAUCCACUGCUGGAAAUUACUAUUCAGCAGAGAAGCUGGAACUUGGGCUGUGAAUCACUGCAGGCUCCCUGAUAAGCUGCUGCCUCCAGCCCUGCACAGCUGUCUGUUGAGAGAUAACAGCCUCAUAAGCCAUUCUGCCCAACUCAUAGUUGGGUGGGGGGAGGGGUG